AUGAUGACCACCGCAUCCAUCGGGCUGUACAUCCACUCUGUCUACUGGUUCCUCGUGAUCAACUUCGACAACACCGCCGUCAUCAACGGCGACAUGCCUUGGACUCUGCUGUCGCAAUCUGCUCUUAUGGGCUUCAUGUCGUUCCUUGUGCGAUGCAUGUUUGCGCGCCGCCUGUGGCGAUUGAGCCAGUACGACUUCGCCAUCACGGCCGGGGUGAUCGCGCUCUCCGCCGCGAAUCUGUUUUCUCUGACCAUACUGACAGUGGAAAGCAUUACGAAUCUACACUCUAGCGGACCGGGAGACCUCAAGAAGAUCCUGGAAGCCGCCUUCGCGACGAGCGUUGCCGCCGACGUUUCGCUCACCGCUGCGUUGUGCUACUUUCUGUACAGGUCGCGUACGCAUAUCAGGGAAACGGAUGAGGUGCUGAGUGAGCUGACACUGUAUACAUUCAACACCGGAUUAUUGGUCGUCGUGGACAUCGUCAUCAGCCUGGUCUUGUUUUUGACAUCGACAACGGCCUCCCUCGUGUUCAUUCCGACUUACAUUGUAUCUGCCGUCCUGUAUUUCAACUCAUUCCUACUUUCGCUGAAUGCGCGCCGCGAGUUCCGCAACAAGCUGGACAACAGCAUCCACGUGUUAGCCGCUCAACACCCUGCACUUCGUAGUAGAACACUACCGCCUACUCCAUCCCCGUCCCCACCAAGUACCGAAGAAUCUGGAGACGAUGUUAUCCAUAUUUGUGUGCGCCGGGAGGCGGAGCGGGUCUCUGCAGCGACCGUGUAG